AUGGCUUCCGCAGCUAGUGCUGGUCCUCCUGGAGGACCUCCUCCCCCUCCCGGAUCACUUAUUCCAGAAGGGGGUGCCGAGUACUAUAUUGUCCGACUGACUGCUUAUGGGAAUGCGGCGCUCCGAGAGCUCUGCCGUACCCCAGAGCAGCGCGAGGUCUGGUCGUGGCCGUCGUACGAGUUCCUCGUGAAGAUGAAGAAGGACCGAACUCUAGUUAUCUCGGCUGAUCAAACAGAUCCGCAGUGCACGGCCGUCGCGUCUGCUCCUCUACCACCCCCAAGCCGGGUUAAGGAGCUAACCGACUCGGACGAAGCUAAUGACGAUAACGGUGCUAGUGGUACUGCUACAGCAGUAUAG